UCACUGGUGACGUAGAUCUCACAUGACCAGGAGUCGACGUGUGCAGAAGUCUUGCGAGUCUGGUCCUUGUUCUCAUCUGGGUACCAGCUCCCUUCUGCGUCGCGACGCAGGGGCCUGAGGCCAGGAGAAAACCAAUUUGCCGGAAUUUUGCAGGUCUUGUUCAUAUCACUACGCAAGACUAGAAGAGACGGAGAAACUGACUGGAUCAAGACAGAAGUAAUUGUAUUCAAAGAAUAAUAAUUGCAAGAGAGAAGAGAAGGGAGAAACAAGAUGAAACCUUGUCAAAUUGAAGGAAAACCAGAAAAUGGGAGUGAACCAAAGCUUGAGGAAGAGCCAAAGCCUGAGGAAAAGCCAGAGGAGGAAGCGCCAGAGGAGGAGGAAAACACAGAAGGAACUUUCAGAGAAAGGCUGAUUCAGUCACUCCAGGAAUUUAAGGAAGAUAUACACAACAGGCAUUUAAGCAAGGAGGAUAUGUUUAGCGAAGUGAAUGAAAUAGAUGAGAUAAGGAGAGUAAGAAACAAACUUAUAGUGAUGCGUUGGAAAGUUAAUCGAAACCAUCCUUACCCCUAUUUAAUGUAGUUUACCUUGAUUUUUAUUUUUUCUCUAUUAGCAUUUGCAUUAAGCCUUCUUUUGAUUUGCAUUUUCCUGAUAAACUUUUGCCCAUUUUCCUGCUUGUUGCUCUUAGUGGUUUAAGAUGCAUCUCUUAUCUGCAUUUUAUUGUUUAUCAUCUUUUGAAUCAAUCUCCCAGUCUCUGCUUUUUAAUAGAGCUUUACUCAUUUGUACAAAAGGAGGUUCCUGACAGAAUAUAAAAUGAAAAAACAUUACUAGGUAAUAGGCGACUGUCAUUUUUUAAAAGGAAGAGUACAUUUGUGUAUUACGUAUAUGCACAGAAAAACAUGAAGGAUGAAAGACAAAAGUACAGUGAGUGCUAGGAUUAUGAGUGAUUUUUAACAUUCUGCAUAUUUGUAUCUUUCCUUAUUCUUAGAAUGUAUACACAUUGUUAAAAUAAUAAACAUUUUAUAGCAAAAAUAA